CAAGGUCCUCAGCUUCAAAUAUGGCUGGCCUUAUUCCUCUGAAGAACAGGAGUACUUAUAGUAAGCGUCUCUAGUUAUGAGUUCUCCCUCAGCCACAGCGAGCACCAGCGCAUCGUCGGAAGCAGACAAUGACCCAAUCGAACACGUUCAAGUUCAGAAGAGGGGACCUAAGAGAUCGAUCCUAUGGAGGCUCUAUCUAUCUCAUACGCUAUCAACAUGGAACGCCCGCACCUUUGAGUUUGGAGCCGUAAUCUUCCUGGCCGCUAUCUUUCCGGGCACGCUUUUCUACGCAUCCUGCUAUGCUCUCUUCCGCUCUGCAGCAGCAGCGCUCCUCAGCUCUUGGAUCGGCGGAGUCGUCGAUAGAAAGGAGCGUCUUUAUGUGGUCCGCAUGAGCAUCGUCUACCAGCGAUACGCCGUCGCCGCCUCGUGUCUCGUACUCCUCGUCCUCCUGCGGGGUCCGGAAAGUGUGCUUGUUACUAUUGGCUGGUUCAUCAUAUGCGUGCUGCUGGCAUGCAUCGAGAAGCUGGCGUUCGUGGGAAACACGGUCGCUGUAGAAAGAGACUGGGUUAUUGUGGUUUCGGAUAGCCUGGGGCUACCAAGGGAGGAACUGAAUAGUACCAUGAGGAGGAUCGAUCUUGUAUGCAAGCUGGUAGCUCCUCUUUGCAUUUCGCUGGUGGAUGGGUAUUCGACGAGGGCUGCGCUAUGGGUCGUCUUCGGUCAGAAUGCUUUAAGCGUCAUUUUCGAAUACUUCGCCAUUGCCCAGGUCUUCACGGCUGUGCCUGAGCUAGCACAAGGGAAGGGAGAGCACCGACCCGCACUAUUCGAACUCGAAAACCGACGGGAUCCAGAAUCAUCGAGCCCUGAACCACCAUCGUCCGGAUUCUCCUCGCGGAUGCACAACAUCCUCCGACCUUGGAAAUCCUACGUGCUGAACCCCGCCUUCCUCGCCUCCUUCUCCCUCGCCCUUCUCUACCUCACGGUCCUGAGCUUCGCCUCGCAAAUGACAACCUACCUCCUGACUCUCGGCUACACUAGCAUCCAUGCCUCCGUCAUGCGGCUCGUCGCCGUGAUUGUCGAGCUCUCAGCUACCUGUGCCGCCCCAGCUUUAAUGCGUCGGAUAGGCGCAGUCCGCUCGGGCCUCUGGUUCAUCAACGAGCAACUCCUCUCUGCAGCCCUAGCAAUCGCCCUCUUCACCACCCUCGGUUCACAGACAAAGCUGGCGGGCGGCGCGCUCGUCGUUGGCGUAAUACUUUCCCGCCUCGGUCUCUGGGGCUUCGAUCUCUGCGUGCAGUAUCUGGUCCAAGAAGACGCUCCCGAAGCGACGCGCGGCUCUUUCUCUGCCGUGGAAGCCUCACUACAGAACCUAUUCGAGCUCGUUUCAUUCGCGGCGACUAUGGUCUUCGCGAAACCCGAGCAGUUUAAGUACCCGGUGUAUAUUAGCGCCGGUGCCAUCGCGAUGAGUGCGAUUUGUUACGCAGGCUUUGUUCGGCAGAAGAGAGGGCACUUGCUGCAUACCUCAAAGUGCUUCAGAAGGCAGGGGAGGGACAAGUAUCAAGUCCUGCCCACCAUAGAGGAGGAGGAAGAAGAGCUGCAGGAGUUGCCGAGUGGAGCGAGGUAACAUGAUCCACCUCUUUAGCUGUAUGUAGUAGGAAACCCACAUGUUUCUCGAACAUGCAACACUUUCA